AUGCAUAUUAAAGUUACUCUUCUCGUUGUCUUUGUGGCCACUGCUUUUCUAGUUUGCAGUGAGGCACCCUAUAUUAAACUGACCAACGUUAUCUGUGAAUCACUUAACAAAACUUGGGUGGCUUUUCAUUAUUGUCGACUGAAAGCUAUUUCCCGAAACAAAACUACCGGCAAUAUAAAUGCAACAUUUUUUCACCCGGCCAAAAAUGUGCAUCUCAGGUUACAAAUGGUGAAGAAGGCCAGUGGCUAUAAGCCAUUUCUGUUUGAUAUAACCAUCGAUGCCUGUCUAUUUUUGCGUAGACGACAUAAUCCCGUCAUCAAGAUGUUUUAUGCGUUUAUAAAGGAUAAAUCCACCCUGAAUCAUACAUGUCCUUAUUCGGGCUUGCAGGUGGUAAGCGAUUAUCAUCACGCUGUAUUUCCAGUACCAUUACCAACCGGGGAAUAUGGAGUGUUGCUAGAUUUUAUAUUCGAUGGUAGGAAGCAGUUCCACGUAAAUGUUUACUUUACCUUUGUAGAGGACUUUUGA